GGAGUUGUAGUUUCACAACGGCUGGAGGCACCCUGGUUGUGUCAGAGUUUGUUGUGUCCAGAUGGAUUCAUUAUCUUCCAUGACUGGAUCCAUUGUUCGUCCUCCAGCUGCGAGAGUCUUCACGAAUCUCCUGUCGCCUGCGAUCUGUUUUCGUUAUUCUGAAGGUAUUUGUGUCUUUACGAUACUUCGAUGACCUCACGGUCAAAACACCGACCGAGCUGGAAAGUCUCCGGAUCAGUCUACGCACUUUGUCCGGCUGAUCUUUCGAAGGCCACCACCAUGUUCCAGAACAAUACAUUUGUGGGCGUUCGGGCUGACGGUUUCCUCCAUUGCGCCAAUUCCCUCAAAUUCCACAUUUUCCUUCAAUGACCCAUUCUGGCAAAAUGGAAGCGGGGGAACCGGACCAUCCCUCUUCCUCCGUCAGCUUUGUCCAUUAGUGUUGGCUCCUUCUAUCCGACCCUUACUUCACGUCUCUGUCUGGGAAACGCAGGGUUUUCAGAGACUGGAGCAGCUCCCGGCACAGAACGCUGCAGCGCCCCCACAGGGGAGAUCAGGUAUUACAAGGUUUUUUAUAGAUGAUAUGGGCUGUCCAUGUAACACUGGAUGUGCAGGGUCCUCCACAGUGGGGGGCGCUCUUGUAGCUCUUCUGCAUCCCCUAAGCAAUUGCCUAGUUAACCCCUUAUAUUGUUAUAUAUGUGAUAACCGACGAUAUCUAUGGUAACGGUGAUUAUUGGAUGUGGACGGGCGACAUUGAUUAUGUUCAUUUUUGUAUAAUGUAAUUAGUCUAUGGCGGUGAUCCCCAACCUGUGGCUCUCCAGCUGUUUGUAAUAAUAGUUUUGCAACAGCCGAAGAGCCACAGGUUGCAUUACAAAGAAAAAUCCAGUACCCGUAAGGAAAAGUCUGUAGCUUAGCUGCCCCCCUAUAUGAGGAGAUUCCGAUGGUACAGUCCAUCCCAACGCUUCACUGUGUAUGAGGAGGGGGACUGGACCGGUUCAUAUGACACGGCACCAAGGGGAGUUACUACACUUCAGCGUUCCUGAGGCAGGAUGCCUACGGCGAACUGCAUUGUGGGUCGUGUAGUGUGCGGAGUGCGGGCGGAAGCGAGGCUGAGAGCAACCAGAACUCCAUCUCCCAGCAUGCCGCGCUCAGUGCUCCGGUAAUGGGCUUCCCCCUACCGGUUUACGCUUCCUUUGUCUUUUUUGCCCGGCGCCGCGGCUCAUCCUCCUCGGAGGCGUCAUGGCGACCGGGAACUCCUCACAGGUACCGAGCGCCUGACGUUGUGGUGUGAAUGGAGCCAGAGUCAUGCUUCGCCCACAUUUGGUGAUGUCGCCGUCUGUUUCCCUUGGAGCGAGUGGAGGCGCCUGAGCCCGUCCCAGAGGGAUCUCUAUAAGUCGGCCAUGGCAGAGAACGAUGAGUCGGCCUUCUCCUUAGAUUAUGAGGAACAAGGUCCAGAGAUUGUGUUAAAAAUUGAAGAUGAGGAACCUUUGUCUGUAGCUUCUCCUGGAGAUGAGAUCCAAGUGGAGACCCUGAAGAUAGAAGAUGGAGAAACCCGCCAGGUUCAGAGGAUCGGUGAAGAUCUACAGGAGGAUUGCCCCGAUCCCGUCCACCUCAUAGAAGUAGAACCGGAGCACCAGAUCCGGUUACCUGACCGUACAGAAACAUCUGAGGAGAAGACUCACAUCUGCAGCCGCUGCGGUAAAGGCUUCAGCUGCUACGAGGCCGUGGAGGAACACCGGGAAUUAUGCGAAGAACAUCACCAAGAUGUCACCAGACGCCUAAGGGCCCGACAGGAGCAGAGAACGCUGCGCUGCCCCCAGUGUAAUAAGAGCUUUGCCGCGCGUUCCGCUCUCCGUAAACACCAGAAGACACAUUCUGGGGAGAAACCCUAUAAGUGCUCUGACUGUCCCAAGACCUUCAGCCAGAGGUCUUCUUUAACAAAGCACCGAAGAAGUCACACCGGGGAGAGGCCUUAUUCCUGCUUGGUCUGCUCGAAGGGUUUUAUCCAGAAUUCGGACUUGGUAAAACACCUGCGCAUCCACACGGGGGAGAGGCCGUAUCAGUGCUCCACCUGCCACAAGAGCUUCGCAGAAAGUUCUGCCCUGAUAAAACACAAGAGAACGCACGUUACGGAUCGUCCUCAGAGCCAAAAGAAACAGGCGGAGACGCCGGCGGGGUCAGCGGGCAAAACCCGUGGUGCAGGGAGUGGAGCGGCCGAGACGGUGUACAAAUGUGCGGAGUGCGGGAAGACGUGCAGGCAGUGGACCUCGUUCGUCAGACAUCAAAUGAUGCACUCCAGCGAGAGGCCCCAUAAGUGCGCCCAGUGCGACAAGAGCUUCAUCCAGAAGUCCGACCUGGCCAAGCACCUGAGGACUCACUCUGGGGACCGGCCGCACCGCUGCACACUGUGCAAUAAAGGCUUCAUCCAGAAGUCCGACUUGGUCAAACAUCACCGGACGCACACCGGGGAGAGGCCGUACCCCUGCGCCCACUGUCAGAAAACAUUUGCCGAAAGAUCUGCCUUAGCCAAACACCUGAGGACGCACACGGGGGAGAAACCCUACAGGUGCACAGCCUGCGGGAGGAGCUUUACUCAAAAGUCUUAUCUCAUACUGCACCAAAGAAUCCACUCUGGAGAACGUCCCUACAGCUGCCCUCAGUGUGAACAGAUGUUUAUACAGAAGUCAGAUCUGGUGAAGCAUCAAGUAGUCCACCGGGGGCAGCAGGGUUCAUCUACCGGCCCUCCAGAAGAAGGUGGGGACCUCCAGAAACACAACCAGUCACACAAUGGACACAGUCUCCUCCGAUGCACCGAGUGCGACAAGGACUUUACUGUGAAGUCAGAUCUGAUGAAACAUGUCAGGACCCACCACAGAGAGAAGCCCAACCACUGCGCCCUGUGCCCCAAGAGCUUCAGCCAGAAGUCUGACCUCCUCAAACAUUGUAGGACCCACACAGGAGAGCGGCCGUACACCUGUCAGGAUUGUAACAAGACCUUCGCCGAGAAAUCGGCUCUAAUGAAGCACGGCCGAAUUCACACGGGAGAGAAGCCACACAAAUGUGGUGUGUGUGAGAAAGCGUUCAUCCAGAGGUCGGCCCUGACCAAGCACAUGAGGAGUCACACGGGAGAGAGGCCGUACGCCUGUGCUCAGUGCGGGAAAAGCUUCAUCCAGAACUCAGACUUAGUCAAACACCAAAGAAUCCACACCGGAGAGAAACCCUAUCACUGCACCGAAUGUAACAAGAGCUUCACCGAAGGGUCUUCUCUGGUGAAACAUCGGAGAACUCACACAGGAAAGAGACCCUAUAAGUGUCAGCACUGUGACAAGACCUUCACACAAAGCUCCGACCUGAUCAAACAUGGUUUGGUUCACAUUGUAGACGAACCACCGACCGCCACCGCUUUUAACGAGAUCGUCAUUGUAGACCCGGAGGAUCUGAAGAGUGAGACAGUGGAGGAGGGGUCCCCAUAUCGAUGCGGAGAAUGCACCAGUGUGUUCCUUAGCCGGCCCGCUUUUAGGAAGCACCUGAGAAAGCACCAUAUGGAAAAAUGCUACCCCUGCAGUGUGUGUCCCCGGAGCUUCAUCCAGACCUCUGACUUAGUGAAACAUAUGCGAACCCAUACAGGAGAACGGCCAUUUCAUUGCACACAGUGUGGAAAAGGCUUCAUUCAGAAUUCGGAUCUGGUGAAACACCAAAGAACCCACACGGGGGAGCGUCCGUUCAGAUGUGACGUGUGUGACCGAGGCUUCGUCCAGAAAUCUGCACUGAAUAAACACAUGAGGACCCACACGGGAGAGAAGCCCUACAGCUGUGAGCACUGCGGGAAGAGUUUUAUCCAGAACUCAGAUCUGGUAAAGCAUCAGAGGAUUCACACGGGUGAGAAGCCAUACCAGUGCCCAGAAUGUGCCAAGUCCUUCACCGAGGGCUCGUCCCUGAUCAAGCACCGCCGGAUCCACAGUAGACUGCAGCCCUACUCUUGCAAACAGUGCGGAAAAAGCUUCAGCCAGAGCUCCAACCUCCUGAAACACAUAAGGAGGCACAAUGAGGAGAAACCGAGCCUGGCUGACGCUGUUCAGGAAUGUGCAGUAGUCAUCACCUCAGAUGACCUCAACCAUGUGAACGAGGAAAAAAAUCACAAAAGUGGAAGGAUCUAUUCUUGUGGUGUCUGCGGAAACAGCUUCUCCCACAAGUCGGUGCUCGUGAAACAUUUACGUAUCCACACGGGAGAGCGGCCAUACAAGUGUAACCUGUGCAUCCGUAGCUUCAUCCAAAAAUCCGAUCUGGUGAAGCAUUACCGUACACACACCGGAGAGAGGCCGUACCGCUGCCAGGAAUGUGGCAGGGACUUUGUUGAACAGUCAGCUUUGUCUAAACACCAGAGAACGCACCGCAGAACCCUCCAACCCACAGAAGAGGACAACAACGUGUCCCAGGGUUCGGUAGAACCAGAGCACCAAAUCACCUAUUGGGGGGAAUCGGAGGACAACCCUGGGAGUUUGAUACCAAAGUUCCACGUCAUUAAACAAGAAGAUCAUCUCCGGGUCAUUCGGCCAUCAGGAGGUUCUAAAAGUUUCUCCACUUUGCUUAAACACAGGAGAAAGAUGACGAAGACGCCGUCCUACUCCUGUCCAGAGUGCGGGAAGACCUUCAGCCACCGCACCGUGUUCUUAUCCCACCGGAGAACUCACGCAGAACAGACCCAUACCUGCAAUGUUUGUGGCAAACAAGUCAGUCAAAGAUCAGCCCUGGUGAAACACAUGAGGCGACACACCGGUGAGAAACCCUACGCCUGUCCCACGUGUGCAAAAUCUUUUAUUCAGAACUCAGACCUGGUGAAACACGUAAGAAUCCACACAGGAGAGAAACCGUACAAGUGCGACCUCUGUGACAAGUGCUUCAUCGACCGAUCGGCGACGGUGAAACAUAUGAGGACUCACACCGGGGAGAGGCCCUACCAGUGCCAGGAGUGCCAGCGGGGAUUCGUGCAAAAGUCCGACCUGGUAAAGCAUAUGAGAAUUCACACAGGAGAGAAGCCCUAUCCGUGCUCCUCGUGUGACAAGAAGUUCAGCUCCCGCGCCGCCUCGUUCAGACACCAGCGGAUGUGCGCCGGAGAAACAUCCUACCAGGACCCCGAUCUCUUUUACCCCACCUGGGAGGAGCAGCCUUCUCCUGAUCCCUUCCAAAGAGAAGCUUCUAGAUCAGUGAUGAGGGCGUCCGAAGUGGUCAUGUGACCCCAGACUCGGUGACUGACAUGUGAAUAAUAAACCUAAGCUGUAAAUGUUGUAGAUUCCGCCUAUAAAAUAAAGGUUGAUUUAAA